UGCAAAUUUCAUGUUCUAGAAUGAAAAUGGUGAUUGACUAUACUGAGAUUCCAUUGUCGCCUACAUAAAUAAGAGAUUUAGAUGUUGUGGUGAAUUAAAAUUGUGGUUUCAAUAAUUUUAUGCACAGAACCCCGAGAUUUUCGUAAGAUGAGACAUGCUGGCCCUAGUGUAUCAGCCUCGGAUAUUCCCAAUUUUCCUACCACAAAUCUAAUUAGUACGGAUGCAGACGCGAUGAUGAUGGAACCAGUAGUAGCCCCGGAUUUAAGCAAAGUGGAGGUGUUGCCUAAAAAACUGGACAGAAAUCAACCAGAUAGGAUAACAAGUGACCAUAAAUCAUUGCAGAAAGUGUUGAUGGCAUCUAGAGCUACUAGCACUGUUGCGAAAUACAGGAAAGCGUUUGAAGAUUGGAAGUCAUGGUGUGCUAUAAACUGUGUGUGUGAGUUACCGGCACAAAAGGCGGAUAUCGCAAGGUAUUAUAUGAGCAUGUAUAAUAAUGAUGCACCCUAUUCAAGGAUUGAAGGAGCACAUUUUGGUAUUAAAUGGUUUCUUGACUGCUCGCCAGUAACCGAGGUGAAUCCCUGUAAUUCAAGAUUUUUGCAUCUACUUCUUGCAGGCCUGAAAAGAAUUCUAGCUCAUCCAAAAUGUAAGAAGGAACCUAUAACUCCAGACAUUCUGAAUAAACUUGUCAAUAAGUAUGGUUGUUCUAAUUGUUUAAAGGAAGCCAGAUUGUGUUCUAUGACACUGUUAGCUUAUGCAGGCUUUUUUAGGCACGCUGAGCUAGUGGAGCUCAGAGAGUGUGAUAUUUCUGUACAUACUUCACAUGUCAAAUGUUUCAUUCAGCAUAGUAAAACUGACCAAUAUAGAGAAGGUGCCUGGGUGAUUAUUGCUGCAACAGGUAAACCUACCUGUCCAGUUGCCAUGUUGAAUAAAUAUAUGUUAUUAGGUGACAUCAUUCCAGGUUCUUCAGAGGAAUACCUUUUCCGCCCAUUGACGCUCAAGAAAUCCUUGAAGAAAUAUGUUUUGAGAGGGGGCAAAUUGUCUUAUACAACAUGCCGUGAUCUUUUUAAGGCUGCCUUAUCGUCAAUAGGGUUAGAUUCUUCAUACUUUGGCUUGCAUAGCCUUAGGGCAGGUGGUGCCUCUGCGGCAGCUGCCUUAGGUAUAUCUGAUCGUCUUUUCAAGAAACAUGGAAGGUGGAAAUCUGAUUCUGCUAAGGAUGGUUAUGUAAAAGAAUCGUUUAAGAACCAGCUCAGUGUAUCUCUUAAUAUUGGUAUCUAGCUGAGUCUGAGAAGGUAUAGUAGGAAUUCACAAUUUCCUAAUGUUAUUAUGUUAAAAUCUUAAAGUGGACGAUAUUCGCCAGUGUGCAGGUUU